GCUGUGCGCAUGUGUAGUCGCCGCUCCCGCCACAUCCCCGCCGAGCGGCCACUGAGCGAAAGCGGCCCCGGGGCCCCGCGUAGGCCCAGGCCCGACACCAGCAGCGGCACCAGAUUGACUUGCAGCUGCAGUGUCUGCUGAAAGACCCAGCGCCUCUCACCAGGCAGCUUGGCAGCAAUGGCGACGGAAGAGAAGAAAGGAGAGUCCGAGCCUACGAAAGGGCAGUCCACACCCUGCUCUUCCACCAAUCAAAGCAAGCCGUCUGCUGUAAAACCCAAUUAUACCUUGAAGUUCACGCUCGCUGGCCACACAAAGGCCGUCUCUUCUGUGAAGUUCAGCCCAAAUGGCGAGUGGUUAGCCAGUUCCUCUGCUGAUAAAUUGAUUAAAAUAUGGGGUGCGUACGAUGGCAAGUUUGAGAAGACCAUAUCAGGACACAAACUGGGAAUAUCUGACGUUGCCUGGUCCACAGAUUCAAACCUGCUUGUAUCAGCUUCAGAUGACAAAACUCUCAAAAUCUGGGACGUGAACUCGGGCAAGUGUUUGAAGACACUGAAAGGCCACAGCAACUAUGUUUUUUGCUGUAAUUUCAACCCGCAGUCCAACCUUAUUGUUUCCGGAUCGUUUGACGAGAGUGUGCGGAUUUGGGACGUAAAGACUGGGAAGUGCCUGAAGACUCUGCCAGCACAUUCAGACCCUGUUUCUGCUGUACACUUCAACAGAGAUGGAUCCCUCAUCGUCUCCAGUAGCUAUGAUGGACUCUGCCGAAUUUGGGACACUGCCUCGGGACAGUGCCUUAAAACACUGAUUGAUGACGAUAAUCCUCCUGUCUCCUUCGUGAAGUUUUCGCCGAACGGCAAAUACAUUCUGGCAGCCACCCUCGACAAUACUUUAAAACUUUGGGACUACAGUAAAGGAAAGUGCCUGAAGACCUACACCGCGCACAAAAAUGAGAAAUACUGCAUAUUCGCCAACUUCUCGGUUACGGGUGGUAAGUGGAUCGUGUCGGGAUCAGAGGACAACUUUGUUUACAUCUGGAACCUCCAAACAAAGGAGAUAGUGCAGAAGCUACAAGGACACACAGAUGUUGUCAUCUCCACCGCCUGUCACCCAACAGAGAACAUCAUUGCAUCGGCAGCAUUAGAAAACGAUAAGACAAUCAAACUCUGGAAGAGUGACUGUUAACGGCACGGACUGUCUCUCAGGACUGCCAGGCACUGGGCGGCUGGCCUUGCCCUAGGACAGUGCCACCUGGACUCCAGACCGGCGUCACCACAGACUGUGCACAUGACGACCGCCGUGCUGAGCCACUGGGAGGAUCGAAAGGAAUCUUGGUUUAACCACGAUUCCAAACACUGGGCAAAUUAUGCUAAAAUAACACACACGACUAAAAUUGAUUUUUUUUUUUAAGUGACCAAAUCAGUUUGUGGCUUCCUUACUCCAGUCUUGUGAGGGUUUUUUUUAUAUAUAUAUAAAAAAAAGUAAACCUA